UAUAUAUAUGCAACUAGGGUUUUUAUCGCCCCCACUGUCGAGAGCUCUGCUUCUGAAGGAAACCGUCAGCAGCCUCUUCACCAGCAACAAUGGCCGUAGGAAAAAAUAAGCGGAUUUCAAAGGGGAAGAAGGGUGGAAAGAAGAAGGCGGCUGAUCCGUUUGCCAAGAAGGAUUGGUAUGACAUCAAGGCACCUUCACUCUUCAAUAUCAGAAAUGUUGGCAAAACCCUAGUUAGUAGAACUCAGGGGACUAAGAUUGCUUCUGAAGGACUCAAACAUCGUGUUUUUGAGGUUAGUCUUGCUGAUCUUCAGAAGGAUGAGGAUCAGGCCUAUAGGAAGAUCCGACUGAGGGCAGAGGAUGUGCAGGGGAAGAAUGUGCUCACAAACUUCUGGGGAAUGGAUUUUACUACAGACAAGUUGAGGUCCCUUGCUCGCAAGUGGCAGACAUUGAUUGAGGCUCAUGUGGAUGUGAAGACAACAGACAACUACACCCUUAGGAUGUUCUGCAUUGCAUUCACAAAGAAGCGUCAGAAUCAGCAGAAGCGAACUUGUUAUGCUCAGUCCAGCCAGAUCCGUCAGAUUCGCCGUAAGAUGGUAGAGAUUAUGAGAAACCAGGCAAGCUCCUGCGAUCUGAAGGAGUUGGUGGCGAAGUUCAUCCCAGAGUCGAUCGGAAGAGAGAUUGAGAAGUCAACUUCAAGCAUCUUUCCAUUGCAGAAUGUUUUCAUUCGAAAAGUCAAGAUCCUGAAGGCUCCUAAAUUUGAUCUUGGCAAGUUGAUGGAGGUUCACGGUGACUAUUCGGAAGAUGUUGGUGUGAAGGUGGACAGACCAGUUGAGGAAACACCGGUAGAGGAGACUCCUCUUGUUGGAGCUUGAAAAGAUAGAUUUGCUUUAUCAGUUCAAGACCACAUGCAUUAAUCUUUAGACUUUUGAGUUUGGAUGAUCUGAUUAGAAGUUCAUCUAGAUAAGACAUUGCUUUCUUGAGGACGUGUUCAGGACAAUGACCUCUAUAAAUUUUGAAUGUUGUUUUAUGCUUUAAUUCGGUAUAUCUGUGUUUUCGUCGACUCCAUUUAUGUUCUCUUUUUUAAUGAUCAUUAUGAAUUAUUUGGCUAGUAAA